CCCAUCACUCAUUUCCCACACACCCUCCAGUUUCGUACGAUUAGUGUUCUCAUAAUCUCAUUCCAUUAUUUGUGAACCAACAAAAAUAUAUAUAUAGAUAAUAAGAAAAACAAAAGUGGUAGCAAAACACUAGGAUAAUAUUGUUGGAGAAUGAAUGGAAAAAAGGGUAGUAUUGAGAUUGACAUUCCUUCAUUGGCGGUGGCGGCCAACAAGAAGUCCGGUGAUGGUGGCGGUGGUGGUGGUGCAGGGAUCUUGAUUUCAUGUCAAGGUUGGAUUAAGAGCGUGUGGGAAUUUGCUAAAGAAGACACCAAUAGGGUAACAUUCUCACUAAAAGUGGGGCUUGCUGUGUUGCUUGUGUCUUUGCUCAUUCUGUUCCGAGCACCAUAUGAAGUCUUUGGCACCAACAUCAUUUGGUCCAUCCUCACUGUUGCCAUUAUGUUCGAAUACACAGUUGGAGCAACAUUUAACAGAGGAUUUAAUCGAGCUCUUGGGAGUUUACUAGCUGGAGUAUUGGCCAUUGGUGUAGCUCAACUGGCCCUUUGUGCUGGCCGGGUAGCUGAACCUAUCAUCAUUGGCAUUAGCAUUUUUUUCGUUGGGGCUGUAACAUCGUUCAUGAAAUUAUGGCCAUCUUUAGUGCCAUAUGAAUAUGGAUUCAGGGUCAUACUUUUCACCUACUGUUUGAUCAUAGUUUCUGGUUACCGGAUGGGAAAUCCAAUACGGACUUCCAUGGACAGGCUUUACUCGAUCGCCAUUGGAGGAGUUGUGGCAGUACUAGUGAAUGUGCUGGUUUGUCCAAUCUGGGCUGGAGAGCAGUUGCACAAGGAGAUAGUUAAGAAUUUCAACUCAGUGGCUGACUCACUUGAAGAAUGUGUGAGAAAAUAUUUACAAGACGACGGAUCAGAACAUCCUGAGUUCCUCAAAACUGUCAUGGAUGAGUUCCCAGAUGAGCCUGCUUACAAGAAGUGCAAGACCACAUUGAACUCCUCAGCUAAAUUGGAGAAUUUGGCUAAUUCUGCAAAGUGGGAGCCACCACACGGCAGGUUCCGUCAUUUCUUCUAUCCCUGGUCGGAGUAUGUCAAAGUAGGAGCAGUUUUGAGAUAUUGUGCUUAUGAGGUCAUGGCACUUCAUGGUGUUCUACACUCUGAAAUCCAGGCACCAUACAACCUCCGAAUCGCAUUCCAGUCCGAGAUUCAGGAUGCAACAAACCAGGCUGCAGAAUUACUCAGGGUCUUAGGCAAAGACAUAUGCAACAUGAAUCGAAGUUUCAAAACUUCCUUACUCAAGAAAGUACACAGCUCUGCCGUGAAGCUGCAGCGUGCAGUAGACCUGCACUCGUAUCUCCUCACAUCCCCCUCCUGCUCUGAUGUCCUUCCUUCAGUAGCUGACAACGCUUCAAAGCCGCUCCCCAAGCUCUCUCCCACCAUGUCAUCCACUCUCAUCGACAUCAACCAGCUACUGGCCUGUGGUGAAUUUGAUAACAACAACAACAACAAUGACAUGAACUCAAAUAACCAGAUGCUGCAGACACAAAACUCAACAGUUGAAUCUUACCAUGAGCUGAUGAGAAAGCAGUCGAGAAGGCUGCAUUCCUGGCCAUCGAGACAAGUGGAUGCUUUUUAUGAAGAAGAUGGGGCCUCGAAUACGGACCUGUUACCCAGAAUGAAAGCUUUGGAAAGCACUGCAUCACUGUCACUGGUCAACUUCACUUCCUUGCUGAUUGAGUUCGUGGCAAGGCUUGACCACUUAGUUGAAGCAGUUGAUGAGCUUUCUAAGUUGGCUAAGUUCAAACAUGACGGACGACACUAACGAGAGUACAAGAUAUUUUUUCAUUUUAAACAUGAAAAUCAUGUAUUAAUUAUGAUUAAGAUAGAAAAGAAGACAAAAUAAAAUGUAAAAUACUGUCCAUGGAGAUCGUUGAAGCAAGGUUUUUGCCUCUUGUUGUUGGUUCUUUUUCUUAUUGUGAGAAAAGCAAUUUCUGAGGAAUAAUAUUCUACUUAUACGCGUGUCACAAUCGGUAGUCACCAAAUUUUUGUUCUCACCAUGAUCACUGGUGGACAUAAUUAUUAGUUAUAAAUCCCACAAACUCAAGAUGAUAAGUUCUUAUUGAUGACUUCAAAAUGCAGCAGAACAGUGUACUCAGUUAUUGCAAACUUUAGAUUAACAAUCCACCACUAAAUUAUAUAU